AUGGCAGACGCUGCUCAAGAUGCGCAGAACCUCAUUCACAACCUUCUCUCCGAGAUUGUACCAUAUCCCGUCUUCCGCGUCCUUGCGGGCUUCUCCAACCUGAUCUACAGUCUACUCGGUAGCUCCAACAAUCCGUCAUCAUGGGCCUCGACGCUGCUUCCUCCGCUCAUCACCUUCUUCCUGGCGUACUUUGCGCUCGUGACGGCGUACAGAACAGUGCGCUCGAUGCUGGCGGUGGCAUGGUUCGGCAUCAAGUGGGGCGCGAUCAUCGGCGCGCUCAUCGCAAUAUGGGCCUGGUGGACCGACAACACGGAUGCCAUCAACAGCACUGGGACGGUGCCCGGUCGAGGAGGCCUCUUCGGUCAGCUAAACACCCUCGGUCCGCUCAUGAACACGCUCUACACGCAGCUUCCGGACUUUAUGGCACCCGCAGGCUCGUCCGCGUCACGCAGCAAUCGUCGAAGGACAACAGCGCAGACACGACGGAGGGCACGCUCGUCGACUAGAGGUGGUAAUCAGAAUGCAUUCGCAUACGAUCCGAACGCUGAUCUCACCGAUGAUCUCGGUGCUGGCUACUCCGCGUUCGCAGACAUGUUCGGCGGCGCCAACAACGAGCCCUCUAACGGCGUCGACUUUGCGUCUCUGCUGCGCACCAUCGUCACAGAGGGUCAGCGGCAAGGCAUCGAUGCUCUAUCAGCACUCAGAGCCGCAGGAAGAGUGCAAGACGAGCUGCGCAACUUCCAACAGAACCCGACUGCGUGGUUCGAAGGUGUCGGCGAACGGUUCCGAACCACAGCAACCCCGGGUCUGGACGAUGGUGCGGGAUACAACACUCGCUCUCGGGCGCGGAACCAGCAGCAGCAGAAUCGCGGUCGCGGAACAAACGUCAAUGUCGAUCAGCAAGACUCGUGGUGGUCCAACGUGGCUUCCGGCGUCAACGACUUCCUGAAACGCGAGCCGGCGCAGAACCCCGGUGGUCAGCGAAGACGCACUCGCCCGUCGUACAAUGUAUAA